UGUCUUUACUAAAAACUUCUACUCUUGUCGGUGAUGACAUUGGAAAUUUUAAAUUGCUUUGUAGCAAGAGCAUAAAUUUCAGCCUUUUCAAAUUGAUGUAUUUGGUUUUGUAAAUCAUUUAUAAAGUGGAAAAUAUGCUAAAGAUACCAAACCGAAGCAAGAUGCCCAUGCCACCCCAACAACCCCGGACAACCAACAUAGAGCGACCAACACCAGGAAAGAGACUCAAUCCCUUAAAGUUGUCAUCCGUUCAACCGCCGGCGUUAGUAGCAAGAUCUAAGCCAAAAUUACCCGAAAUAUCAGAAUUGAAUCAACGCCUAUUAGCUAUUCAAAAGCGCGUCGCCGAGUGGAAAUCCAAGGACAAGCAUUUAAAAUGAGUUAAAUAUUAAUUUAUUCCAAUUCAAGAUUCACCGACAAAUGGCCAGUUCGGGAAAGUAACUUACAUAUGUGCAUCACUCUACUUAUCAAAGAUAUUAGCUAAUAAAAGAAAAUACCUGGUAAUGUG